CUCCUCUCUUUUAUUCUUUCUUUCACCAAUCUCUCUCUUUCUGGGUAUACUAAUGGCGGCCUCGUCUUCUUCCGCGUCCUCAUACUCUUCAUCCUCCUCCGACCCCGAUUCCACAUCAACUUCCUCUCACCGUCGCCGUCGUCACCGAAGUCGCAAAGACAGAGAAUCCCUGAAGAUCCGAAAGAAAAGCCAUUCCCACACCAAACGACGUCGUCGCAGACACUCUUACACUUCCUCCUCUGCCUCCGAUUACUCCAGGAGUGACAGUUCUUCUGACAGUGAGCAUGAAACAUCUAAUCAUUCAAAGAGGCACAAGAAGAAUGACAAGCCAAAGAAGGAAAAGGACCGAAGCAAGAAUCAUCGUCAUAAACAGCACAGUCACAAACUUAAAGAGAAGCAGCAGGAUGAGAGAAGCAGUGGCCCUGUACAGCUUUCCAAGUUUCUAGGGCGUGAGAAGGAUGAUGGUGCUCGCCUCAGUGCUAUAUCUGGAAAAAAGAUUCGGUUGAAAGUUGAGAAAACAAAGGAGGAUAAGUUGGCGGAGAACAAAAGAAAUGAAUUGUUGAAAUUUCUAAAUGCUAGUUUUGAUUGAUCUUGUGGAGCCUGGAGUCAAAGUCAAUGGAAUAGAAUCUAGACAGAGUGAAGCAAUUGAAUUAGCAACUUCUUGCAAGCUUAAAUAUCUUUCUUGAAAACCGAGGUGCCUAGCUUUGGGUCAUAUUUUACAAGUCAUGUUUUUGUUACUCAUGAGAUACAUAAACCAUUGGUAAAUUGGAGUUUGAGCUUUUAUUCAUUCAAGUUAUGGUGAGAAGCUGGGUAUAUAUUUGACUUUGGUGUUGUAUUGUAUCAAAUUGGUGCUUCCUUCAUGUUAUUGACUAUUAUUUGCUCAAGAAAUUGUAACAAUCCCCCUCCCUCUCCCCCUUAAAGUUUUCAACUGGAGAAAAGGCCUUAUGGGCGUAAUGGUUAUAGAUCGUGAUGAACUGAUUUUGAUGCAA